AUGGCUCUAGCAGCUGCUCCUAAGUCGAUCGCCGAUAGACCUGUGGGCUCCGUCGGUUACGGCAUGAUGAACCUGACACUGUUCGGCAAUAUCUCUCAUGACGAAAGUACCGCCCCUUUGAAGACGGCGUUGGAUAACGGUGCCAACUUCUGGAAUGCCGCAACAUUCUACGGCCCACCCAAUGCCCACUCUCUUCAUCUCCUCAAGCACUACUUUACUCAGUACCCCAAGGAUGCCUCACGCGUAUUCCUCAGCGUGAAGGGAGCUUACGACGGCGCUACUCAGACACCUCGUUGCAGCCCAGAAGAUGUCCGUGCUUCGGUCGAGGAGUCUUUGCGCGUGUUGGACGGAACCAAGUCCAUCGACCUUUUCGCAUGCGCUCGCCUCGACCCAAAGGUGGCCAUCGAGAUAACAGUCGCGACGCUCGCACAGCUGAUCCAGGAGGGCAAGAUCGGCUCAUACGGGCUCAGCGAGGUCAACGCGGAGACUAUUCGCCGCGCCCACGCUAUUCACCCGGUCGCCGCCGUCGAAGCCGAGCUCAGCCUAUUUUCGCGACACGUGCUCGAGAAGGGAGGCGUCGCCGACACCUGCCGCGAGCUUGGCAUUCCGCUGGUUGGCUACAGUCCGCUUGAUCGUGGCUGGUUGACCGGACAAGUUAGGACUCUCGACGACCUACCUGCUGACGACUUCCGUCGGCACUACCCUCGCUUCCAGCCGGGAAACUUUGAGAAGAAUGUUAAAUUGGCCGCGCGUGUCGAGCAGGUUGCCAAAAAGAAGGGUUGCACAAGCGCCCAGGUUGCGAUUGCCUGGGUCAGGGCACAGGGUGUGCUGCCUAUCCCUGGUGCAACUAAGCCCCCACGGGUGAUCGAAAACUGCAAAAUUGUCGAGCUCACAGAUGCUGAAUUAGCUGAGCUAGAGCAAGCUGUGAGGCUGACCGAGGUCUCGGGUGAUCGUUACCCUGCGAUGUUUCAUGAAUUCCUGGCAAAAUAG